GGGACGGCAGGGCGGGUCCCACGCCCGCGCUUGCUCGGCAGCGGCGCCGAGCAAUGACGUACUGCGCAGGCGCGUGGCAGGCCUGUCGGGCCGUUGGCGCCCAUGGAGAGGGAGCUGCUGAUUCGGAGGGUGUUGGCGAUGCAGGCCUGCGUCCGGGGCUGCUUGGUCCGACGCCAGUUUCAGAGCCUGCGAGCUGAGUAUGAGGCGAUUGUACAAGAGAUCGAGGGAGACCUGGGCACGCUUCAGUGGACCGAGGGCCGCAUUCCCAGGCCACGAUUCCUCCGAGAGAAGGCAAAAUCCCAUCAGACCUGGAGAGCAGGAGACAGAGUAGCAAAUCCGGAGCAGGAGCUGUGGAACCACGUCCCGUGUAAAGAGUCUGAGGGAGAGGCCACCUGGGAGGAGAUGGUGCUGAAGAAGUCAGGAGAGAGCUCAGCAAACCAAGGAAACCUCUGCAGAGAUCACAGCCCCUGGCUUCAGAUGGAGCAGAACAGGAAACUCAGCCAAGAGGAGACCAGAGACGCGACAAGGAUGGAGACUCCAGAAGCCACAGAUCCAAGACUGUCAUGCAGCCAACCUGAGCUUCAAGAGCUUCAGUACCACCGCAGCCACCUGGCCAUGGAAUUGCUCUGGCUGCAACAGGCCAUCAAUAGCCGUAAGGAGUACCUAAUUCUCAAACAAACACUGAGAUCCCCAGAAGCAGGACCGAUCAGAGAGGAGCCCAGUGUGUGCCCAGAACAUGGGAAAAAAGCCUGUGAGAGGAACCAGUCACAACCAAGCACACCACUGGAGGACCAGUCCUACAGAGACAGGACCACUGGAGAGCUAGAACAGGAGGAUGACUCCUGCCAGAGGGUCAGAUCACCCCACAAAUCCCCAGGAAGUCAAGCCAGUACACAAAAAACCACUGCUGGGGCUAAAUGCAGAGAACCAUGCUUCAGCAGGGCUGGACCACUGUUGUCAAUACCAUCAAACAGCCAGGCUCUGGGGGACAGGCUCACCAAAGGGCCAGAUGUUGGAAGACAGACCUUUGGAGGCACCUGCCUGCUGCAGAUGAAAAUCCUGGAGGACCAGACCCCCAGAAGCUUAAAACCUAGGGAACAUUGUCCCAGGAAGUCCAGGACACAGCUGCCUGCACUCUGUGAGGCCACAUAUAAUAAAGAGACAUCUCCCAGAAAACUAGACCACAAAGAGCCUGACUGCCGAACAGUCAGGACACAAGAGUUGGGCCUCUCAGAGGACCACAUCAUCUCAGAUGGGACCUUGUCAGGGUCAGAGCAUGGUGGCCUUGAUCUCUGGAGGACUAAACCACCUAAUCAGACCCUUAGAGAUAGAAGCUCCAGACAUGGAACCUCCAAUGAGCCUAGUCACGAAGGACAGAAAAACCAGAGGACUGUACCAUGGAGAUCAAAGUCACCUAAGAUCCUGUCUUCCACAGGGGCAGGCUGUACAGGAAAGGAACAGUGGAGGGGCAGGCCAUGGAAAACAGGACCACCUGGCUAGACCCUGGGAAGCCAGGAGAGGACCAAGUUCCAACGGGGAAUGCUAUGAAAGGGCAGAGAGGACAAGACCUCAUCCUACCUCCCUGGUACCAGCUCUGCCUUGUGCCCCUGCCCCUGGCAUCAGUGGCUAGUGGGGCCAAGAGAAGCUG